CAAACCGAAGACAGUCGCUUAUUUUGGACGUCACGGUGGGGCCGAUGUUCAGGACCAAUCAGGUCGGAGAGAAAGACUCAUCAGUACAUGAUGAAGUACUUUAUUCUCCUCGCCUUGCUCGCUGCAGCCUAUGCUGCUCCCAUUGAGGAUGACAAGAUUGUUGGCGGCUACGAGUGCAGAAAGAACUCUGUGCAGUACCAGGUCUCUCUGAACUCUGGCUACCACUUCUGUGGAGCCUCCCUGAUCUCCAGCACCUGGGUGCUGUCUGCUGCUCACUGCUACAAGUCGAGUUGUAGUUGCAGACCUUGGCGUACACUCCGGGCUUGUUCCUCUCGGCGCUGCGCCGAGAGGAACAAGCCCGGAGUGUACGCCAAGGUCUGCAACUACAACUCCUGGAUUCGCAACACCAUGUCCUCCAACUAAAGUCACUUCACUGCAAGGAAACUUUAUCUCAGGAACUUUGACAUCUGUUUUGAGAAAAAUGAAUGACUGAAUAAUAAACAAAU